AUGAUCGCUAUGUAUGUUUCCGUCUUCCCAACUUUUGUAAUAUGCAUUUUUUGUUAUGGUGCCGUGCUGAGGGAAAUAUUCUGCAAACUGCGUUCAGUCAGGUAUAAUUAUUGCCUUAUAUUUAGCUUUAAAUUAAAAUUCAAGAGCAUUAUCUAUGACCUCGCCUUUUCUCAUAAAUGA